UGCCAACCGACAUAAAACCUCAAAGAAGAAGAAGUCGCAGCCUGGUGACGCACAAAGAGUGUGUGCUGUGUUGAGUCUGACAGAAACAACGAAACUGUUUCUAAGAAGUUCACAGUUUUUACUUUAUUAUAGAAAGACAAAACAUCAACCGGUUCAUUCAUGAAUAUCAUGUUGAUGUUCAGCUAAAUGGAAGAUACAUCUCCAUGACAACAGUCUCACUCUGUUUCACACACCUCUCUCUGUGAUGGCUUCAGAGGAUGAAAUCAGUCUGCUGGUCGUCGUGGUGGAUGUGAAUCCGCUGUGGUGGGGACAACAGGCUCAACGUGAACCAGAGUUCACCCUGUCUAAGUGUGUGGAUGCAGUCAUGGUGAUGGGAAACGCUCACAUGGCGAUGGCCAGGACGAACAAGCUGGCUGUCAUUGCGAGCCACUGUCAAGACAG